AUGGGAUCACCACUUGGCCCUUGUUAUGCCAAUACUUUCCUUUGCCACCAUGAACAAACAACAUGGAUGAAUGACUGCCCUGCUAAUUUCAAACCUAUUUUAUAUCGCCGUUAUAUGGAUGAUACUUUUUUACUCUUUGACGACCCCUCUCACAUUAAUCUUUUCCUCUCAUACUUGAACUCACAACACCCCAAUAUAAAAUUCACUUGUGAGACUGAACAAAAUAACAAACUAUCAUUUCUUGACACUUCCAUAACUUUUCAUAACAAUUGUUUCUACACCAGUACCUACAGGAAACCCACAUUUACUGGCCUUGGGCUUCAUUACCUCAGCUACAUUCCUCACAUUUACAAGUUAAACAGCCUCACAACACUUAUCAACUUGGGCUAG